AUGACCAAGCAGGACGCCAAGGCGACCUCCUCGGACGACGACGCAACGUUUGGCGACGUCGAGCACCAGCUGCCAGCGGCGGCCUCUGCGAUCGACGAGCUCGUGGCCGUCGCUGCCCCGGAGCCCGCGGACCAGACCGCGAUCGUGGCCCACGUUCACGAAGUGCAACAUGCUGUCGGUAUCUCGGUCAACGCUGCGGACGAUUUGGAAGCGAAGGUGCCCCGUGUCAACGUUGUCCGCCCGCAUGUGCUCAACCUGCCCGAGGUCAUCCUCCAGCACAUCCUCACGAUCAUCGCAUGUCGACUUGCAAAUGGCCCGAGCACGAUCGAUGUUCUACGUCGGCUCGAUGCCACCAAGGUCACGUCGCCCAGCGUGGGCGGCGGGCGCGAGCAAUACGCCGACGCUUUCGGCGAAGUCCUUGCCGGCUUCUCAGCUCUCGAGCGUUUGACGCUCGCGGAAGCCUUCCCGUCCAACUUUGGUGCUGGCACGUGCCAUCACUUGGUCGCAUUCCAUGGCCUCGUCCAUGACGAGACGGGGAUGCAGCAGUUUGCCCAGUGGCUCGGGACCGCACGCGCCUUGAAGCGGCUGUGUCUUUUAAACAGCCUUUGUGUUCCUCUCGACGCUCUCGGAAGCAUUCUGCCACAGCCUAUGCAGCGUGGACUCGAGUACUGCGAGUUCUCUGCACACACGGCCAGCCCAGCCAUCGCCGAAUUGCUGGCCAACGCGCUCAUGUACCGCCGCCGCCACGCGCGCCGUCUCGCCAUCCACCUUCAGACGCUCGCGCUCAAAGUGCUUUUGUCGGCGCUGGCGACGUGCAGGAACGUCACGCUGCACGUGAUGUGGGAGGCCAACGAUAUCGCCGCGGCCAACGCCCUCGUGGUGCUGCAUCGUCUGCGCGUCGUGCGGAAGUACGAUUCUGGCGGUGGUAUGUUUGCGUCCCCCGUCUAA